UCAACACACUGCUGUUGUCUGUGUCCAUUUUUAUUUUAGUUUUAGGUUUUUAUUUUAGUUUUUUAUUUUUAGUUUUUUUAAUUUUAGUUUUGUUUUAUUUUCACCGACGCUGUUCUUCCUUCGGGAACCCCUGGUUGCUGGAGCUCAUCUCCAGCAAGUGGCCCCCAAACAGGACCCAAAGGAAUGCUGUCCAUGGUUUCCUGAAGAAGAUACAGUAAACUUACAGACAUGGAAUAGAGUAGGAGAUCAGCUUAGGGAGUAUUAUACUCUCCAUGGACCAGAAAAGGAUUCAGAUUCUCCUUUGUGGAUUCCGGACAGACUCAUUAGACAUGUUCAACCCGCCACCACCUCCUCCAUCUUUCCACACAUCGACUCAACGCAAGAGACGUCUAUCGGAGGAGAGCCGAGGAGGACCACUGACAUAUCGCAUGAGAGAACUUCACCUUCAAGGUGACUGGCAACCGCUGAGACCAACCCCGAUGCCACGGCACAGACUGACCCAAGCGACUCAAGACAGCAGUCCACCAGCAUGGGGCCAAAUAAAGAAACUGACGAAUGAAGCUGAGAGACUGGUUCUCAACCAAGGACUUCAACCUUCUCCUUUUACUCUUUUUGUUGCUGUACUUGCCAUUUUAGCUUGUCAGGCAAAAUGUGACAAACCAGGUACUUCUUAUUGGGCUUAUUUACCUAACCCUCCUUCCUUUCAACGGGUAACUUGGGAGAAUGAGGUUAUUCCACUUUAUACUAACAUUCCUUCUUUGAUGGGAGGAACUCAGUCUCCUAUUCAAUUGGGACAGGCUGUUAAUACUAAAAACUUCUCCUUUUAUGGAGUUUCAAGUUCUGUUCCUAUCUGCUUUGUUAUCCCCAAUACUAUAAAGGAUGAGGCUCCCUCCAUUAAUGGUUGUGCUCCAACAUCUUAUAAGGGGUUGUUGACAGAUUCUCCUAAUUAUGCAGUUGCAGACAAAAGACUCCUAUAGUCUCUAAUUUUGCUUUUACCUGGAGACUCUUCUCCUAAAAUGUUUACUCCUAAAGAUUAUCCGAAAGCCCUCCCUGUUCGUGCAGCAUCUCCUCCAGAGAAGGAUGACACUAAUGAGGAAUGGGCCUUUGUUAACCCUAAAAUAGGCUUCUCAAAAUGGAGAUAUUGUGCUUAUAAAAAGGAGAUUCAUAUUGUUAUUCCUGGAACAUAUUUAACUGUAAUUGAUAGAAGUUGUGCAGAUUCUUCUGUAGAUUAUAGGUUUUCCUUGGAAUCAACUAAUGUUAGAUACUCUUGGAAAAAUGAAUAUAUCCCUUGCCGCAUGCCAAUUAAUAGAUGGCAUAUUAAUGGAUGGGUACCAAGCAUCUUGACUAUUUCUACAAAAAAAGGCAGGAUAUUUUCAAUCUGAAAUAUGGCGUGUGAUUGCUGCCACAAAACUGGUUAACACUGCGCAGGCCGGAAAAUCAGAGCAGAUAUCAGGUACAGGCUUGCUUACAGUCUCCAUAUGCAUUUUUAAUUUCCGGAGAUUAUAAUUCCUUAAAUAUCUCUGAGUAUGCUGACAAAUAUCAUGUAUCUUGUAUCCGCUGUAAUCUUACAAAUUGUGUUUCCCUUUAACAAAUGUAAAAACACUGAUGAUUGUUCAGCGACCCCCAUAUUUAAUGGUUCCUGUCACUCUAAAUACUACAUGGUUUGAUAGUUAUGGUUUGCAAGCUUUGCAGGAUGUAAAUGCACUUCUUGUUCGUGGUCGUCGCUUUGUAGCUCCUCUUAUUCUUGGAAUUACAGCAUUUAUAGCUUUAGCAAUUUCCCUUUCGCUUUCUGCUAUAUAUAUAUAGCCUUAUCUCAAGAAAUUCACACAGCAACUUUUACUGAUCAAUUAUCAAAAAAUGUAUCCAUGGCUUUACCGACACAAGAACUUAUAGAUAGAAAACUAACCUCUAAGGUUAAUGCUUUAGAAGAAGCUGUUCCCAUGAUUGUUCAGGAACAGACCUCUUUUAAGGUUCGCCUUGCCUUGAGAUGUCAUAUUGAUUUUCAUUGGAUUUGUGUAAUGCCCCUAAAAGUUAACGAAUCUCUGUAUUCUUGGGAGAGAGUUAAAAAUCAUAUCCUAGGUAUCUGGAAUCACUCAGAUUUAAAUUUUGAUUUAAAUUCUUUACAUAAAGAUAUUCGUGAUAUUAGCCAAGCUGAGGCUGAGUUUUCUGCCUCACAAAUAUCAAACACAUUUUUUUCAAAAUUUAUCCUCUUAUGUCUCUCAUAAAAGCUUUUUUACCACUAUGAUUAAAGUGGCUUUGAUUGGAGGAUUGAUAAUUCUUCUGCUUCCAGUCAUCGUCAGACUGUUGAGGGGUAGUAUCCAGGGGCUGGCAAUGGAACUUCAUGCCAUUAAAUUAAAAAAUAAAAAGGGGGAGAUGCUGGAAGCCGAGCUAUCCCAGCCUGAGUGGCAAAACCUGGGCUGUGGACGGAUUAGUGACUGCAAGGCGGCCCACCGACAGUGAAGCUUCUUGCACUCCUGCUUUUAGGUAAUUCGGCCUUAAAACAACCUGGGGUAUUGUCUGUUGGGGAAUGGCCCUCGACAGGCCCCCUGGGAAAAGAACCAUUAGGAAAGAAAAUAAGGUUCCGCAAGGGCCUUACGUUUAGCCCUUGCCAUCCCCUAUGGAGACUCCUCUACUUACAGGAAGGAUAGCCUCAUGCAUUUGCUAGCAAAGAGGGCCUGUGAAGGAGAGACAUAAAGAUUUGAAAGCCUCACUCUGGCAACUAAGGAGUGAAUCUCUGGGCACAGGUGACUUCAACCCAUAGCCCCACCUGGCCCCCCGGAGGCAUUCCAGAUGAUGACUGGUCAGUUAAGGUACAGAAUGGUUCAUUGGUUCCUAGGUGCAUUGUCUCUCUGAGAAUGUAUGAGGCAUGGGUUUCUAAGGCCUUUUCAGCCCCUUUCUGGCACCUCAGACUGAGGCAAACACAUUGUUCUUCUGGCUUCAAGUGGUUAGGAGGUCAUGUCCCUGUAACUGUUCCACUUGAGGUGUUUCAUGCGAACAGCAAAGCAAAUGCUUCAUAGACUAUAGAUAAUUAUAGAUAAACGCAGAUGCAUAAUGGAAUAAUGUAAGAAAUUAAUCAAUAAUCAAAGGGUAUGUGGGAACAUUACGGGAAAAUCGCCAUGUUAUUUCUUAAAGGUUGAUUACACAUAGGAACGUUUUUAAAAUUAGGUAAUGUUAGAAAAACGUAGAUGACGUAUGCUACAAGGAAAUCACUAGCAAAUAUAAUGCCACGUUUGCUACAAUAAAUCAGCCAGUUCAACACA